AUGGAGGACCGAAGUGGUUCGGUGUUGGCGAUAGCCAUCACAUUCAUGAUCUUAGCAUGGGUCACUGUUGGACUUCGGUGCUAUGUCAGGGUGUUCAUGGUCAAAGGUUUCGGCAUCGACGACCAUUGUAUGGUCGUUACCCUCCUCUGCUUCACAGGAUAUCUGGCAUCACAAAUUGGCGGCGCAGUCCAUGGCACAGGCGUGCGACGUGAGAAACUUUCCGACGAACAAGCGCAAACGGCCCUUCACUUCUGGUUCUUCUGCGAGAUAUUCUAUACACUGUCGACAUGUAUGCUCAAGAUCGCCGUUGGUUUCUUCUUGCUACGCAUCACUGUCGCACCGAUGCACAUCUGGCUUAUCCGAUUCAUCAUGGUCGUCUCUGCAAUUGUGGGUGUCGCAUACACAUCGGUGGUUAUCUUCCAGUGUAAACCCAUCUCCUUUUGGUGGGACCUGAACCCUAAUCACACUGGAACUUGCCUGUCAGGUACCCUGGUCAUGAACUUUACCUUUGUGGUUUCUGGGCUUAACGCCUUUGCCGACUGGGUGUUCGCGAUGCUUCCCGUGCUCAUCGUCAAGGAUCUGCAUAUGAAGAAGCGCAUGAAGGUCGUAGUUGCUGGAGUUAUUGCUCUUGCCGCAAUUGGUUCGACAGCAACGAUCAUCCGCCUUCCUUACACGACCUCGCUGAAGGGAUACAAGGGAGAUUUCCUCUACCGAACAACCGACUUCGCGAUUUGGAGUACGGUAGAAGUAGGGUUGGGCAUAACAGCUGGCUCUAUCGCCACUCUUAGACCGCUCAUGAAGCAGGCCCUUGAGAUCACUCGAUCAGCCUCAGCUCUACCAUGGAGUAAGCCUUCGCAGGGCUCACAGCCGCUGCAGUCGGGACAUCAACUCAGCACUGUCAAACCGUCGAUCAAGAAAUCGAUCACAAUUACCACCUCCAGAGCUCGAAGAGAGAGUGCUAGCUCCGACGAGGAGAUUUUUCUAGGCGGUAAGAGCCUACCAUCCGAGUCAUGGCAGCAACAGCAAGGACUGCCUGGGUAUGUCACAUCCACAGUGCUAGAUGAACGUGGGCAGCGGCAAACAACAGAGAAGAGCCGUAAACACAUAGCCGAUCUGGAAAGGAGAGGCAGUCCUGGUGCGGCUAGCGACUCCACGGUUGACACGAAGUCAUCGGGAAAGGCUGCAAGGGUACACGAACGCUUCUAG